AUGCAAUCAGAACGUAGAAUCUUAAGAGAAAAUGUUAAUUUGAACUGUGAAAUUAAAUUAUCUGAUGGUCAAGUGCUUGAUGCUAAUAAUAUUAAGGAUCUGAUAGAACGUAAAGAUAAAGGUAGACUUGCAAACAAACGAUUAAAAGCUUAUAACUAG